AUGCAGGCGCCGCCGCCGCCGCCGCCGGACGCGCGCCGGCGCGUCCCGGACGUGGUCCAGCAGCUCGUGCAGCAGCACCGCGCUGAUCAAAAGAAGAAGCUCGAGGACGUCCUCCGGCGGAACCGGAGCAGCCCGAACCAGGCGUCGCCGCGCCUCGCGGCGUUGCUCCCGACGGCGACGCCAACGACCUGGCGCGCUUCAAAGCCAGCCUCCUCCCCACCUCGCUGGGCGUCCUUCGCGGCGACCGUCGCCUUGCCGGAAGAUCUGGGCGACGGCUGGCGCGCGGGCGGCCACUCGUUCGUCGGACGAGAGACGGUGCGCGCGCACGGGGAACGGGGCAAGGAGGAGCGCAUGUCGUCGGGCGUCGUCGUGGCCUGGCUGCCGGCGACCGUCAAGGACCCGUUCCGCGACCGCGAGGGCCAGCCCGCGGAUUUGUUUAGAUUACGCUUCAAGGACGGCGACCUGAGUGGCGAGGUUGAGGAUUUAGAAGCGCACGAGGUGGAGCAGUGUCUAUCCGUCGACGCGCCGAACCCGCACGACGUCGGCGAGGGGCCCUUCGAUCGGCCGUGGUGCAAGAUCUUGCGGGGAGACGUGCGCGUGCCCCUGGCGACGCGGGGCCAGAUCACGUGUCGGAGGUUGGAGAAGACGCCCCCCUUGCCGCCUUCUACCUCCUUCUCGCCGCUGUCGAGAUCUCUGAAGACCGAGGAUCAAGCCAAGCUGUCGUAUACACCAUAUUUAGGCGAAAAGGAGGACGGCACCGAGUUGCUGGACGGCUACGACGCCUCGGAGAAGCAAAAAUCGAUUGAUGCGGGCGUGACGUGCCCCGCUUUAUUAGAUCAACGGCAGCGCAACAUAUCGGAUAUUGUGAGGGCCUGCGUCGAGGCCUGCGGCGCGUCGGCGGACGUGGUGGAUGCGUUGGUCCAGUGCGGGUUUCACAGGCGGGACGUGCUUUCGUAUAUGAAACUCCCGGAGGCGAAAGCUGGAGUGGAGAAGAAGCGCGACGACGCGCUCCACAAGUCGUAUGAUGACGACGUCGACUCGCUCAAAAAAAUACUGUGUCGGCGGUGCUUCCUGUACGAUUGCAAUAGGCAUGGGUUGCAGAUCUUCGGGAGCGGAGUUGAGAGAGGUGAAGACGCGGGCGACGUCUUUCCGGUGGAGACGCCGGUACACGACGCGCCGCCUUUACUGAAGGGAGCGACGAGGGUCGACGUCGCGCGGCGCUUCCGGAGCGCGCCCCAAAGGACGUGGGGCGCGCGCGAGGACCGAUUGUUGCCGCGCGCGCUGACCGUUUUCGGGGGUUGCGCGGCGCGCGCGGCGCAGGCCUUAGGCGUGUCCGGUGAAGAUUUGAGACGCCGCGCGGCCGCCCUGUCGCUAGCAUGCUCGACCGGUGACGAGGGCAAGUGGUGCUGUCGGCGGUGCGCGCCGCACGACCGGCCACCAAGGGAGGAGGACGCGCCGCCGCCGCCGAAACGGCGCAAGAAGGGCGCCGGCGCCAAGGUCACCGACAUCAAGAAAACCAAGCACCCGAAGCCGCACCCCGACCGCAAGUUCAAGGCCAAGAGCAUCGAGACGCCGGCCGUCUACUGCCGGCACGAGGGGCCCUGCACGCUCGAGAACUGCGAGUGCCUGCAGGCGGAUCAGUACUGCUCGAAGUUCUGCGGGUGCUUCGUGCCCAAGGUGCCGCCGCGGCCGCGGGCCGUCGCCGCGCCGUGGUACGACGCGCGGCACGUGGAGAAGCCCGACUUCGACGACGCGACGGCGGCGUGGUUGCAAGCUAGACACGCGUGCCGCGGGGCCAUGAGCUGGCCGCCGCCGCCGCCCAAGGCGCUGGGCGGGAAGAAGCCCUCGCGCCAGACGUGCCGGAACCAGUUCCCGGGCUGCCAGUGCAAGUCGCACUGCCAGACGCGGGCGUGCCCCUGCUUCGCGGCGGGCCGCGAGUGCGACGCGGACAUUUGCGGGACCUGCGGCGCGGCGAAGGCCGACGACUACCCCGAUUUACAGGCGAACCCCUUCCGUUGUAAGAAUCGCGCAUUAGCGAGGAAACAGACCGCGCGGACGGCGCUCGCCGAGUCCACGAUCCCCGGCGCGGGCUGGGGUUUGUUUGCGCCGCACGGCGCGCAGAAGGGCGACCUCAUGUGCGAGUACGUGGGCGAGGUGCUGAGCCAGCCCGAGGCUGAAAGAAGGGGCAAGAUCUACGACAAGAUCAACUCCUCUUAUUUAUUCAACCUGGACGAGGCGAGCGUCGUCGACGCGACGCGCUACGGGAACAAGUCCAGGUUCGCCAAUCAUAGUUCGGAGCCGAACUGCGGCACGCGCACCGUAUUAGUAGAUGGCACGCACCGCAUCGGCCUGUACGCGGCCCAGGACAUCCAGCGGGAGGACGAGCUCUUCUUCGACUACCGGUACACGGCCGAGGCGGAGACGGCGGGCCAGAAGAAGGUGGCGGUGCUCGUGGACUGGAUGGUCGACGCGUCGGCGGCCGCGAACGUCAGCAACGGCCGCGGCGCGCGCGUCUUAGACGCGUCCGCGGCGGCGGCGCUCGCGCGGAAGGGGCCUGGAAAGAAGCGCAAGGCGGCGCGGAAGCACUCGGGGUGA